AGCGGGCGCACGAGGCCGGCGAGGCACGUCUCAAACGCCCAACGGCAGCGGCGCGCUUGGUCCGAAAAUAACAGGAGGCCACCAGUCACGCAAGGCGGCUCCCUGCCCAGGCCGCCGACUGCGGAAUAGCGCGGCCCGGAAGUGGAUGCGGAGCCUGUGGCGAUCGAACAGGCCCAGCACGCUUCGGGCGACGGCGCUGGCCCGCGCGCAAAAGCCAUCCGUGCCUGCGUGCCUCUUCAAACCACCCCGACCCCCUCGCCUGCUGGAAACCUCUUCUCCCUCUGCACGCGUUUCGUUUCCUCCUCCCUCCCACCGCGUGCCGCCUCCCUCGCGCUGCUGCUCCUCUAAUGACACCCUGAAGACGCCUGUUUUCUUCCAUUCGCUUUUCCCCUCUCCGCGACACUCGUUACCUGCCCGAUACGGCAACGCCGGCAAUUCGUGCGACUCCCUUUUCCGCUGCCGACACCUCAGUUGUAGCCGAUUCAGCUGUUUCUUAAUAUUCACAGUCCGCCCCUCGUUCGGUGCCUCCUCGAUUAUCUAGCGUUGUGCGACACCAAGCUGCUGGCAGGCGUGCUCUGUAUCACUUGACCACACUCGACCGCCCUGGCACCGCGACAAGCCGGCUUCCUCAUUUGCUCACCUCACCCGACGAGGCCUUUUUUAAUAGAGGGUGCGU